AUGACCGAAUUUUGCAAACAGGCUAACAGGGAUGUGACCAGGAUGGAAAUAUUUCUCUCACUUGUUCAACUCUUGGAGCAAACUAUGAAAAGUGGUUCAGCAGCAGCUAAGGGCAUUGUCAAUGAUAAUGUGAUGAUACACCAGUUCCACCAAGCUCCUUCAAUACCUGCAACCGGUGGACCUUGCAGUUUGCGGUGA